UAAACAUGUCUACUGCCUGCCUGGCUCAAGGCUUACAAGGGACUAUGCAGUUCUACAUCAAACUGUAUAAAAACUCUCAUUAUGUAUUUGCCUGUGUUGUUGCAGGACUAAAUCUUUAUCACUGCUAGGGAAUAUGCACAUAGCUGCACGUGCGCGCGUGAGGAAACGAGGAUACCGUGCUGCCGCCGCUGCGAGACAGAGAGAGAGAGAGGGGACUCUGCCGCGCUUUCAUCAUUAUAAUCACCGUCCUAAGUACUAGCUCUUAACAUUUUGUUUUUCGGUGUUCAGGCGAGAAGUGACAAGAAUAUAGACCCCUCCUCUGGCAGGGCGGAGCGUGCAUUUUCAUUUCGUAUUUUUGUAUUUCUUUUUUUUUUUUGUAUUUUUUAUUUUUUUCUCUCUCUCCCUCUCUCUCUCUCUCUUUCCCCCUACCCCUGUUCCCUGCUCUGACACGUCUGCACUGAGUGAGUGGCAUUGGCACACUGUCAAUCGCUCACUACCGCUGCCAUCAAACAACAUAAAACACACACAGGCAGAGGCUGGAGCUCAUAAAUUUCAGCAAGGGGCAAGAUAUUUUUUUUUUUUUUUUUUUGCGCAUCGCCUUUACACAGAGCUGUGUCCUCAUUAAUUUCUUCUCGUGCUUGCUUUUUUUCUCUCUCUCCUAAACAGAAAAUCUCCCAACUUUUUUUUUUUUUGUACAUUUCCUAUUUUUUAUAGUCACAUUUGGACACCUUGUGCCGCAGAUUGUGUGUCUUUUUUAACGCUGUCAGUUGUCGCGUGCAUCAUUUCUGCACAUUUAUAGUUGGCAACACCUGCAAGAUUUCCUUUUUUUAUAUAAAUAUAUAUUUGUUUACACGUUUCCACAUUGGAUAUUUUUUUUGUUGCCGGUGCUUCACGAGGAGGAUUUGGACAUUUGUUUUUUUUUCUUUUUUUUUCUCUUUUUUUCUUUUUGGAGAGGAAAUGCGCCGGGAAUCCCAUGAAGAGCGCUAAUAAAUGAGAGAUCACCAAGGAGCGUUUCUGUCUCUACCAGCCGUCAAAUCCCAGAGAAAAGACAGAUUGGCAUGAGGAUCCGUGCGGGUUGCGAUGGACCGUCAAUUUUGACAAAGAAGUACUAAGAAGAAGAACAUAUUGAUGCGUUUUUCUACAAACACGGUCACGCGUUUUGGCACUUUGGACCGCGCGUAAAAAAAAGAAGAAAAAAAAAGCGUGAGGACAGCGAGAACUUGGACACAAGAUUUUACGCUAAAACAUCACUGCUAGACAUUUUUAUUUUGUUGUGUUUUUUUUUAUUUUUAUUUUUUUUAUAGAAACGCGUGUGUGCUCCGUGACGGUGAAGAAUCACACAUCCGUGCAUCACCCAGUUGUCUGCGGCACAUGUUGUAGCCGAUUUCGUAUAUGAGUUUUUCAAUUUGUGUGGCUCAGUGCACAGACUCUUUAGCGGCUACCAUGGACGAUCAAGCCCGGAUCAUGCAGUCGAUCGGCGGUGUCAGUCUGGCCGGCCACUCGGUACAAGGAGGCAUGGCACUGCCGCCUCCACAUGGACACGAUGGGACGGACGGGGACGGAAGAAAACAAGACAUUGGUGACAUUCUCCAUCAAAUAAUGACCAUUACUGAUCAGAGUCUGGACGAGGCGCAAGCAAAAAACAGGAAACAUGGACUGAACUGUCACAGAAUGAAACCAGCACUCUUCAGCGUUCUCUGUGAAAUCAAAGAAAAGACAGGUCUCAGCAUCCGUGGUGCUCAGGAGGAAGACCCCCCGGACCCUCAGCUCAUGCGUUUAGACAACAUGCUGCUGGCAGAGGGCGUGGCGGGGCCAGAGAAAGGGGGCGGAUCUGCCGCCGCCGCAGCUGCAGCCGCGGCCUCGGGCGGGGCGGGCGACAACUCCAUCGAACAUUCCGACUACAGAGCCAAACUCACCCAGAUCAGACAGAUCUACCACACGGAGCUGGAGAAAUACGAACAGGCGUGUAACGAAUUCACUACCCAUGUGAUGAACCUGCUGAGGGAACAGUCCCGCACGCGGCCCAUCUCCCCCAAAGAGAUCGAGCGCAUGGUGGGAAUCAUCCACCGUAAGUUCAGCUCCAUCCAGAUGCAACUGAAACAGAGCACCUGUGAGGCUGUCAUGAUCCUGCGCUCCAGAUUCCUUGAUGCCAGGCGGAAAAGGAGAAACUUCAGCAAGCAGGCGACAGAAAUUUUGAACGAAUAUUUCUACUCGCACCUCAGCAACCCGUAUCCCAGCGAGGAGGCUAAAGAGGAGCUGGCCAAGAAGUGCAGCAUCACAGUUUCCCAGGGGGUGGGAAGCACCAUCACAGUAUCACAGGUAUCCAACUGGUUUGGCAACAAAAGGAUCCGGUACAAGAAAAAUAUCGGCAAGUUUCAGGAAGAAGCCAACCUGUAUGCCGCCAAGACUGCUGUAAAUGCGGCACACGCUGCAGCCGCUGCAGUGCAGAACAGCCAGGCCAACUCCCCUACCACACCUAACUCCGGCUUCCAGAUGAAAGAUGAAGAGUUUCAGCUGGAUUCUGCAGAGAGCAAAAACACUCUUUUAACCAACAUGUUUACUGGUUCUUCAGGUUCUUUUAACCUCCCAAACUCUGGGGACAUGUUCUUGAGCAUGCAGAGUCUGAAUGGGGAUUCUUACCAAGGGGCACAAGUCGGAGCCAAUGUACAGUCACAGGUGGAUACCCUGCGCCAUGUUAUCAGUCAGACGGCAGGAUACAAUGAUGCUCUCGGGGGAAACACGAUGUAUAGUCCACACGGCUUGAAUGCUAAUGGGGGAUGGCAAGAUGCAACGACUCCGUCUUCUGUAAUUUCUCCGACAGAAGGACCAGGAAGUGUGCACUCCGAUACCUCGAAUUGAUCCGCUAUUAAUGCAUCUUCGCCUCAAACCGGGCAUGGACUCUUUUAACUUGCAGAGGAUAUACAAAAAGAAAAAAAAACAAAAAACUUUUCACAACAGAUUCUUUCCCCUGUACCUUUGAAAUUUCACACGCGCACACACCUCCAUCAGUAACACACAGUGUUUCCUGAUCGUUCAGUGUUUUCUUUCUGUCCUCAUAAAUCACCACGCUCUUCUUUGUUUGUCGUAGGGGUAAGCACACACAUGUACAAACAGAAAACAGCCCUCAGAUGAUUCCACUCUCCAGACCCGAAGUUAAAACACCGGAUGACACUCUACUUGAUUUUGUUUUUUUUCAUUUUCCUUUUAUGACAUUUUAAUUUGUUAGAUUUUUUUUUUGAUUUAAUUACCACUUUCCAUCUUGAUAAUUGGGUUCUCUUUCAGUUCAUGCGAUACAUAGAUUAGAGCAGCUGUUUCUUUUGACUGUAAUGUGCUCGCAAUCUUGUCCAGCAACUCAACAAUGCUACUGUUGACAGCUCAAUGGCAGCUUUGUGGUUACUUUCAAGAUUUAUUUUUGCCUUACAGCCGUAUACAUUAGUCAAAGGAAAUUCAAACUCUGCAACAUAAAGACGUGUAAUUGAUUGCUUGACUUCAACAUGACACCAUUCCAUAUUUUAUAAUUUGAUGUUUAGUAUGUACAUAUGUAAACAUUUUAUUAUUUCUUUUUUGUACUGCUUAUCAACGGUUCCCCCCACAGUAGAUCAUUCCUUCGUGGCACACAGGAGCGGGCCCCCGUUAACACAGGAAAAGUUGUACAUAAUAUAGCUUAAGAGUAAUUAUACAUCCCACCAAUCAAUACACAGCUUUAUUACCUCAUUGGAAUUCAUACAAACCAAUAAUUUCCAACAUUUCUGUAGCUUAGAGUGCUCACUUACUACCUCUAAACAAUUUCACCACCAUCGUUUUUUCUUUCAACCUUAUUUAAUGUUUUUGUGUAGUUAUUUUGAUUACAUCCUGUAACACUGUAAACUCUCCAUUCUCUAUGUAAUCUAAUGUAUAUUUUAAUCUUUUAAUAAAAUGCUGUUGCCGUACCGCAACUCAAAACGACAAAGAUAAAAAAAUGAAAAUGAUAACAAUAUUAAUACCAUGAAAAUGGACAAGGGGGAGGGGGGAGGAGGGGGGUGGGGGGGAGGGGAAGGGAGGGGGCGAAGAAGAUGUCUGUCUGUGGCUUUUACGAAGGGGGGUGCGAUAUGAACAUUGUUGAUAAAUUAACACCAAACAGUGAAACUGUUGUAAAUACUGAGAAGAAAAAAAGAAAAAAAAACAUUUUGAAUGUUGAUCAUCUUGUUACUACAUCAUGCAAAAAAAGAAAAGAAAAAAAAUCACUAUAAAAACUGUAAUGCAUAGAGGUUUCAGUAUUCAGAACUGUACAUUUUCAGCUCUGUUCAACAGGGUUCCAAACUUCUUUUCUCUUUUUUCUAUUGUAUGUGAUUCUGAAACUGAAAAGUCAUGACAAAUGAUUUGUGGCAGUGAUUCUAAUGUAUUAAAGAUGUUUAGUGUUACUUUCUAACCAGACUACGCCCUGGACUGAAAAGUCUUCCUUGUGGUAGUUGUGUGAUUUCAAACAUGAAUAAACCUUUUGCUUUCA